CCCAAUGAAUUAAUCAAAAUCUGACUCUUGUUCUAAAAUGAAAACCUUCCUAUUCUCCACACACAAUCUCAAACCACCACAAUCAAUUACUUUAACCACCACAACCCUCAAACCCUAAUUACACGUCAUCACCAUAUGAACGCUUCAGUAGACAAUCUGGAACAACCACCACCACCACCGGAAUCAUGGGAGGUCGCUGACGUGGAUGCUAGUGUGAGCAGGUUAAUGCUGAAUUCAAAACAUAAUAAUAAUAAUUUAUCACCUGAUUUAAGUAGGAACUGUUAUUCGGAUUCGGGUUUGGUAGCUCCGGUUAAGUCGUAUUGUGUUGAUCAGUUCCUUGUUGAUGCUUUACAAAACCCUAGGGAACGCCUUUCAGUUUUAAGGAUGGAGCAGGAUGUAGAGAAGUUCAUUAGAGAUCCUUCACAACAUCAAAUGGAGUUUCAACAGCUGCCUACUUCUUAUUUGCGGUUAGCUGCUCAUCGUGUAGCUCAGCACUAUUCUCUUCAAUCCACAGUCUUACUUGACAGCAGCCUUCCUGAUGGUUCUGGUUCCAGAAUUAUUGUUCACAAGACUUCUGAAUGCAGUAUUCCUUCCAUGCGUUUGGCUGACAUCCCCGUAAAGUUACCAACCGAUGAAUCCAGCAACAAUGUUGUUAAAGUUGCAAUCAAACAAAGGCCAAAUAAGAAAUCACAAAUUCUUGGAGCAAAUUCUGAUAUGCAAAGGAGCAAUAGCUUGAAAAGUGUUGAAGAGAGGAAAGAAGAUUAUAAUCGAGCACGUGCAAGAAUAUUUAAUUCUAGUAGCUCUAGCUCCAAUGUGAAUCAAGAGACCGAUCCAAGGAGGCAAGAAGUGUUCCGCCACGGUUCUUUAGGGGCAUUAGGGGUGGAAGAAGCUUAUUCUUCAACCGGAGCGGAUGUGAAUAGUGGCAGGGAUUCUGUUGAUUUCUCUAGAGGUACCAUUAGGUCAGGUGAAAGUAGGACAGAGGAGCCAAUUAGUAGGUCUAGGGGUAAUAGUAAAGUGGCUAUUUUUCGGGAUCCUGAAGUUGAGCGAAAUGACCCUGAUUAUGAUAGGAGCUAUGACAGAUAUGCACAAAGAUUUGAUCCAGGCUUUGCGUUUACUGGUGGAUCAUAUUCUGUACAACCUAUGUAUCCACCUGUUAUAACCUACAACACUGAAUUCCCCCAACUUGGUUCAGCUCAUACUCAUAGGGCUCAACAUUUACCUGGACCAUGGAUUGCACCACCUUCAUCCGCAGGCAUUGGUUACAUGCCCCAAGAGACAAUGGUGACUUCAUUUGAUCCCAAUCACGCAUCUACUUUAUACAUGCAAUAUCCCUCUCAACGGUCUGGGAUGACAUUUAUCCAUCCCCAUGAACAAGUUUACCAACAAUUGACACAGUCUCAGCAGCAGCAGUCUGAUGUGAGCUUUGGAUUAGCCCGUCCUCGAUAAAGGUGCGCGCCGCACCUGUCAGACUGACGAUCAAUGUAUAUUUGGUAUGUGUGUAGGCUUAACAUACUGAGUUUGACUGGAAUGGAAAUCUUAGAAUUCAUCAGCAUGUCCCGGAUUCAUAUCAGCAGUUUCAGGUUUAAGAACAAUUUGAUUAUCAGUUCCACUAUUUUGUUAUGGACAACCCAGAACUCUAGAUGUACAUAUCUUUUACAAAUUACAGUAGUAGUUUUUGCAA